UUCAAAAGCAGACUAGGUUGCGCUGUAAACUAAGCGAUUGAAGAAUCUUCCACUUUUUGAGUUCCAAUUAUUAUGCUACUGAAUGCACCCUGCACUUUACAGAUAAUCAGGAAAUAUUUUACCACUCCCUAAACUGGAGGACUUCAGAGCAGUCUGGCAAACACACAUACUGAAAAAUGGCUGCAUCUGUAGGGGAAAGCCAGCUACAAAGAGUUAUCAGAGAUCUUCAUGAUGCAAUUGCAGAGCUCUGCAAGGAAUAUUCAGAAAAUGGAGAACCAAUUACCGAUGACAGCACCAGUCUUCACAAAUUUUCAUACAAACUGGAAUAUUUGCUGCAGUUCGACCAGAAAGAAAAGACUACAUUUCUUGGAACCAGGAAGGAUUACUGGGAUUAUUUUAAUGACUGUCUGGCUAGGACAAAAGGUGCUAAUGAUGGAAUCCGCUUUGUAAAGUCUAUCCCUGAGUUUAAAACUUCUCUUGGUAAAGGAAGAGCCUUUAUUCGAUAUUCACUAGUCCAUCAGAGGUUGGCAGACACACUUCAGCAAUGUUUUAUGAAUACUAAAGUGACAAGUGAUUGGUAUUAUGCAAGAAGUCCAUUUCUGAAACCAAACCUUCACUCGGAUGUUGUAAGCCACCUGUAUGAACUAAAUGAAGUUCGCUUUGAUGUUUCUUCAAGAGGAUAUGACCUUGAUGCUGCAUGGCCCACAUUUGCAAGAAGAACACUAGGAUUGUCAAAUUCUCCUGCUCAUCUUUGGAAACCUCCUAGCCGCAGUUCCAGUAUUAACAGUCUGUCUAGCAGCUAUUCACAGGCUAAUGAAUUUCCUUCAAGUCCUGAUUUCAACAACAGUUUACUGAGCGAGCCAGUAAAUGUGAUUGAUGAAUUACGACUUGAGCUUGAUCAGUCUGAACUGAAGCAACAGAAGCUUCAAGAUCUGGUUCAUCAACUACAACUGGAGAAAAAGGAAUUAGAAGAAAUUGGCAAACACGAAGAAAAUACUGCAAAUAUUGAAGAUAUAAAGAUUUCUACUGCAUUACAAGAGAACUCAAAAUUAAAGAAAGUGGUUGAAGAUCUUAAAAAACAGCUCAGUGAUUUGCAGGAAUGCAGCAAGAUGAACUCAUGUGAAAAAAAGUACAAAGAAACUAUUACACACCUUGAAAUAAAUAAUCAGGAACUUUUGAACAAGUCAAAAACAUUAAACCAAGAGCUAGAAUAUUUAAAAAAUUCGCAGACACUAAAGGAUAAUUUAAAUGCUGAUCUGGAGACUAAGCUCUGUAGAGCAGAACAAAAAAACUUAGAACUUCUGGAAAAACUAGAGUCAUUUCUAAAUCAGAAAGGGCAGGAAGCAUCUAGCCAGUUUGACACAGCACAGAAGAUCCAUGAACUUCUAACUGAUCUCAAUGAAGCUGAGAAAGAAAAGACUGAACUACAGAAAGAAACAAAUGAACACAGGAAUCUCAGUGAAAGACUAACUGAUGAUCUUAAACAAAAAGUGGACAUGCUGCAAAAAACAGAAAUAAAGCUCUCCAGUCUCACAGCAGCAUUUGAAGCUCAAGAAAGGCAGUUAGUCAUGGAAAAUGAGGAUUUAAAAAAAGCUAUGGAAAAGCAUCAAGGGGCUUUAGCAGUAAAGGAAAAGGAAGCUAGCAAUUUACAAAAGCAGAUUCAGGAUUUGCAAAAGCAUGCUGAUAUGAUAGAAAGGCAGUACUAUGAUAAGGAAAAAGAACUCAAGACAGUGUUAGAGGAGCAGAGAAAAAAAAUUGAAAAUCUAGAAGGGCAGAUAGAGACCCUCACAGAAGACCUAAAUACCAGAAGAAAAGAUUUGUCCAAUAUCACUAAAAACUGCAAGAAUGUAGAAGAGCAAAACAUGAUAUUAAAUAAUGAAAAAUCAAGUUUAACUGAACAAAUUGCAAAGCUAAAACAAAGCAUUAAAGAAUGUAUGAUUAGUUUAGAGCAAUAUAAAAGUGAAUGUACAAAUUUAAAAUCAGAAAAUGAAAAACUUGUGCAGGAGACAAAAAAAUUGAAGGAAUCAAAUAAGGAUCUUAAAGAUGUUAAAGCAUUACAUGAUAAUGAACUAGCAAGCUUGAGAGCAUCAGAGAAACAUUUGAGGAAACAGAUAGAUGAUGCUUUGGUUACAGUGGAUGAAAAAGAAGUGAAACUUAGAGAAGAAAAUAAAAAUUUAGAUGAAAAGUAUCAGAAAGCUUUAAUGCAAAUUGAAGAAUUAAAAGAAAUGUUAACAAAUGUGGAAAAUGAAAAUAAUGAACAAAGGAAACGGAAUAUCAAUCUAAAAGACAAUUUGUCCUCUCUUCAAAUACAGCAUGACAAUACUAAACAGCACAUUUCAGAACUAGAAAAUGAAAUUUCUGAUUUAAAAAUUAAUGAAAAUGUAUUGGAUCAGAAGUUGCAGGAAAAGCUUGCAUUGUUAGAUGAAAGUGAAAAAACAAGGGAAGAGAUUUUGUGCAGAAUGGACAAACAAAGGAAGGAGUAUCAAAGAGAAAAGGAGAGUCUGGAAAGUGUUUGUCAGCAGCAGUCAAAAGUAGUUGAACAUUUAACAUCAGAGAAAGUUUCCUUAGAGAAGGAGCAACUACAACAGUCAGAAAAUCAGGCCAAGAAGGUUCAGGAAUUAGACUCACAAUUAACAGUUACUCAAAGUCAGUUAGAGGUAAAUUUCAGUGAAAUAACAAGAUUGCAAACAGAUGUGAUUGAUCUUAGAGCAACGCUUCAAAAAUCACUUGAAGAAAAUGCAAAAGUACAAGCAAAGUUGGACAUCACUGAAACAUCUCGGGAAGAAUUUAAAACUUUAACCGAGCAGCUGAAGAUGGAAACUGAGUCACUUACAAGAAACCAUAUCCAAGAACUAAUGGAAUACAAGGAGAAAAAUGAGAUGCUCUCAAAAGACAAGGAAGCUUUAAUUCAAGACAAAGCUGAAUUAGAAGCUACAGUUAUAGCUCUUAAAGAGCAGAUGAAGGUGAUUAAGGAAUAUUCUGGAAAGUUAGAGUUAGAAAGUACUGAGAAUAAAGAUAUGCUACACAGAGCCAAUACAGAAAUGGCCGAACUUGGUAUUCAGAUUUGCACAGUCACUUCUGAAAAAGAACAAGCUGAGCAAAAAAUAGCAAGUUUUAUUCAUCAGCUUGCAAGUCUGAAACAAAAAACAGACAAAGAAGUAGGAAAGGUAAAUGCCAGUUUAACUGCUGUAACAACAGAAAAUAAAAGUCUGAAAGAGGAGCUCAGGCAAUGUGAAAAACUGGCAGCAACUACCAUGGAUUUACAGGAAAAACUGGAAAAAGCAGAAAAAAAUGCGAAGAGUAUUCAGAUAUCAAGCAGUGAGGAGAUCACUGCUUUGAAGUUUCAAAUGAGCAGCGAGAUAAUAAAUUACCAAAAUAAAAUUAAGGAGCUAAGUGAAGAAUUAGAACAUACCAAAGAUCAUCUGAAAGAAGAGAAAAAGAAAUCCUUAAGUUUGGAUGCAGAAAUGUCAGAGUUAAAGCUGCAAAACAUGGAUGUUUCUAAUCAGCUAGAUAUCAAAAUUGAACAGAUGAUAAAAUCUGAACAAGUGUGUCAGGAAAAUGUUGAAGAACUCCAUUCUUUAAAAGAUAUACUGGCAAGAACACAGAAGGAGUUAUCAGAUUUACAAAAACAGAACCAAGAGUGCUAUGAUCAGCUGGAGAAAAUGACAGCAGAAAAACAAAAUGAUGAAGUUAAACUUCUUGCGGAAAUUGAGGAUCUGAACAGAACCAAAAAAAACCUAGAGGAGCGUCUCAUUGAAUUAAUUAGAGAAAAGGAUGCCCUGUGGCAGAAAUCAGAUGCCCUGGAAUAUGAACAGAAGAUUCGAGCUGAAGAGCGUUGGCUUAUAGAUAGAGAGGUUAAUUAUUGUCUGGAUUGUCAGAGUCAGUUUACUUGGUUGCUGCGAAGACACCAUUGCAGGCUUUGUGGCCGAAUAUUUUGUUAUUACUGCAGCAACAAUUUUGUCAUGACCAAACACAGUGGAAAGAAGGAGCGCUGUUGCAGAGAGUGCUACAUUCAGCACAGUGCUGUUGUUGAAAGGCUUAACAGCUCUGAAGUAGAAAAUCAGCUUGAUAGCCUUGCUGGAUCGUCCUUACUUGAAGAUCGUAUUGUAGUUCAACACAGCCCAAGUGUUACAGUUAUAGACAGGGAUGAUUCAAGACCAGAUGAUGCAACAUUUGAUAUUAUCACAGAGGAAGAGGUCAGCAUAAUUCAGAGUGAUUCUGUGUCACCAGCUUCAGAUGACAUACUGAAUGACGAGGCAGAUCUCUUUCCACAGUCAUCAAAUGAACUAAACUCAAAUUUCACUUCUUCAAAUGAAGUAGAGGAGCAGAUAUCAACUGUACAGGAUGCAGAAAUAAAUUUGCUCAAGUCUGGAGAACUGACGUUCAAGAUCCCCAUGAAUGUUGAAGAUAUAUCAACAUUUGGAGAUGGCAACAGAGAGCUUUUUAUUAAGUCUAGCUGUUACAGCAUCAUUCCUAUUAUUGUCAAUGAAUCUGGAGCCACAAUCAGCUGGGUGUUUUCAUCUGAACCAAAAAGCAUCUCCUUUAGUGUAGUCUAUCAAGAAUUUAUGGAAGCUCCUGUGGAAAAAAGUAAGGUUUUAAUCCCACUAACUCGAUGCAAUGCUCAUAAAGAAACCAUACAAGGCCAGUUAAAAGUGAGAAAUCCUGGUGCUUAUCUUCUUAUUUUUGAUAACUCAUUUUCCAGGUUUGUCUCCAAAAAGGUUUUUUACCACCUGGCGAUUGAGAAGCCUAUAAUCUAUGAUGGAAGCGAUUCUCCAUAAAGUAACACCAGUUUGUAUGCUGAGUAUUAGUUUACACUUUUUAAAACUACGUUAUGAGUGUGUUUAGAGUGAAAGUGAAGUGCAUAAAAUAUUUUCUAUAUAUUAAAGUGUAUAUUAAGUGAUAGUUUUUAAGGAUGGUGUUUAUUUAUGCAUUGCAUUUAAUGAUAUUUAGUAAUCAGUUAAACUUUUUCGAUUGAGAGUAAAAUUGUGCACCUGAGUGCUGUAAAUUUUUAAACAUGUUUUUAAAAGCAGAUACUAACCCAUACAUUAUAUAUUUAUAUAGAUUUUUUUUCAACCAAAAAUAAAUUGCACUUUUUGAAGAAUGUAUAAAUAUGAAAAGUACCAAACAUAUGCAUACAGUGAAAUAUAUAUAGUAAUUUAUAAUACUUCAAAAUAAGCUUUGGGCUUAAUUAUGCUAUAGCAGGCAAGAUUGUAUUUCCAUUUUGAGUUAAUCAAAUAGAGAAUAUAUUUAAGAAUUACCUUUAUUUUAUCCUUGUUCUCCUCCAAAAUUAUUUAACAGUUAUAUUGAACUGUUAGGGUCUUGCAUGAAUACUACAAAGUCCUCUUCUCAGUUAAAAUUUUCCCAUUAGGUUAAUUUACUGAGGUUAUCAAGCAAGCCCAAACUAAUAAUAUUUGGAUUAUUUUAAGAAAAGUGUUCCUAAAUUUGAUGUUUAGAAACAUGUUAACUUCUCUUAAGUUCAAUUGCAUAACAGCUUUUCAUUCAUUUAUAUUAUAUGUUUAAAAAACAGAAUACUUAGAAGACUGCAUUCUUGCACUACUGAUUGUUGGGACACUAUUAAAAUAGACAUUUACUUUUGAAUAGUUAAGGUUAAAUAAAGUACUUUAGUACAAAAUCUUCAACAUAUAAGAUAACUGAAUAAUAAAUUAUUUAUCGCUCACUUACACAUGUGCUAGAAACUAAACAAAACUAACUGCAGCAUUUUUGUCAGAAGCAACAUACAGAAAUCUUUAACUCUAUUUUUGGCCAGAGCUGAAAAUAAGACUGUUCUCUCUCUCUUCUAUUUCUGGUGUAAGACUAAAAACCACAUUGUCUUGGCAUUGCAUUUUCCACUCAUCUCUGUAAUUCAGUUUCAGUGUGCAGAGAGUAUCCCAGCAGCACUGGGUUCAAAACAGGGGCUCAUCACCAUGAACAUUAAUGCAUUCAGCAACACUCACUCACUAGAGAACAGAUUAACAAUUGACUUAAUAUGCUCAGAAAAACUGAAUAAAAUUUAAAAAAUACAUGUAGACACAGGGAGAAUAUGCACACUCCGGACAUACACUGACUGGGUCAGAAUUUGAAUUCAGUACCCUGUGGAUGUAAAGCAACACUGCUACCUCAGCAGCAGCCCACUGCACAAUGUUCCAUUUUCGUUAUAUUAAAAAGUAUCCUGUAUACAAGCCAAUCAAUAAGUUACUUUUGUAAACACAAGUUUUAUUAAUUUUAAUUGAUACAAAAAUUUCAUUAAGGCUCAUUAUUUUUUUGUUCAUACUUCAAACAGUCCUUACUAAAUAUGCAACUUUUACAGUUUAUGAGAAAUAAACCUUUAUUGUGAAGUUAAAGAAUAGUUUUAUUUUACCACUACUGCUUGAUGAAAAUGUGUGUAACUGCAGUGGAUAUCCAGUAUUAUUUAGCAUAGUUCAUUUUUAUCUCAUUGGCAAUCAUCAUAUUUUCCAGCAUCACCUUUUUAAAAACAAUCAAAAAUGGUUUAAGUACAUUCCUUCGUUUAUUUAAAAAAUAAAAAUGGGUGACUUAUCUCCAUUGUAAUAUGAAAUACAGGUAAAAUGCCGUUACAAUUAAUAUCUUUACAAUGAAAUUUUCAUUACAACAAAGUAUUUUUAUGGUCCUGACAGCUUCCCCAUAUGACACGAGU